UGUAACAACUGGCUAACAUUUCCACUGUGCAGUCAGUACAAAAUAGCCUUAGCUGUACCUUGCGUUCACAAACAGAAUAUCCUUGUCUUGGAACUAGGUGUACUGUGAAGAUAAUUUUCGCUCUCGGAACGUUCAAUGUUAAAUGUAUCAUUUUGGUUCGUGCAAAGAGCCAAAAUGUCAAAUGUUUUAAAACCUUGCAUACGCGGAACAGACUCGUGACAGUAGGAGGCAACACGAAGGCUGGACUGGAAGCACCUCAACAACACCGUUUUUGCAGGAACGGUGAAUAGCGACAAAAGCUGGUGAACAUCAGCGGAGACCGAAUCAAGACUGGAAUUGCUCGUUCUAUAAUAUUCUUCAGCGCCCGAAGUAAACUCCGAUCACACCUAUUAUUCGCCAGGAAUAAUAUAUCAGCGGUCUGUUUCUGAAAAGUAAAUCUGUAGUUAGUAUGCACUGUGUUAAAGCGGUGGUGGGUCAGUGACUGCGCUGCCGCCAUAUUGAGAUGAGGAAAAGCACUUGACUGACUGGCUGGAGCUGAACUGACAAGAGACCGAAGCUUGCUAGUGAGUUGGGGGGGCUGCUGUUGGUGACGCAGGAAAACACCCAAGAGCAGACAAAAAAAAAAAAGGAAAAAAAGAAAAAGGGGAAAAAAAAUCAAAAGGAAGCGAGAUCAUCUUUUACAGGCAUAUUACAAGCGAGGACACUCCAUAUUCAUCCAGAUGAUUUUUUUACAACGAUUUUAUUAAAUCAAAGUCUCUGGAAUAAGUUGGUGGAUAGAAGAAAGUCAUAUCUAAUUUCUGGGUCGCCUGUAUUUCUGUUCAUGAAGUCUUCUGCGGACAGUGGUCAUUGACAAAUCCACAACUGACUCCUGAAGAGUGUUUCUGUCAGACAGGUUAUGCAAUGGUCUCUGCAAAUCGCCCAGUGCUCCAGGUGCUGCGUUCGUAUACAGAUGUGUGCCGGCUCUCCGCUAUCCCCGAGGAGGCAGUGAUCUCGUCCCUAGAGCCAGCGACAUAAGCGGACAAGAUUGCAAAGAUCUGCCCCGUGUCGAGCAUGACGGCCACGACCCGUGGCUCCCCUGUGGGAGGGAACGAUAGCCAGGGCCAGGCUCCGGAUGGGCAGACCCAGCCCCCGCUCCCCCAGAACCAGACAUCCUCCCCAAGCUCCUCCAAUGAGAACUCUCCGGUCAGCCCGCCUGAAGACCAGGGCCAGGGGGACAACCCCCCUCAGCUGGAGGAGGAGGAGCCUGCCUUCCCCCACACUGACCUGGCCAAGCUGGACGACAUGAUCAACCGCCCCCGGUGGGUCGUUCCAGUUUUGCCAAAGGGUGAAUUAGAAGUUCUUCUUGAAGCUGCUAUCGAUCUCAGUAAAAAAGGACUUGAUGUCAAGUGUGAAGCCUGCCAGAGGUUCUUCCGAGAUGGCUUGACCAUUUCCUUUACUAAAAUCCUGACCGAUGAGGCAGUGAGUGGCUGGAAAUUUGAGAUUCAUAGAUGUAUAAUAAACAACACUCACCGCCUGGUAGAACUGUGUGUGGCCAAGCUCUCUCAGGACUGGUUCCCUCUUCUCGAGCUGCUGGCCAUGGCCGUCAACCCCCACUGCAAGUUCCACAUCUACAACGGGACCCGGCCCUCCGAAACGGUGCCCGCUGGAGUGCAGCUGGCCGAGGACGAGCUCUUCGCCCGCCCCCCCGAUCCACGCUCCCCCAAGGGCUGGCUGGUUGAUUUAAUAAACAAAUUUGGGACAUUAAACGGGUUUCAGACACUGCACGAUCGCUUCAUGAGCGGACAAGCACUCAAUGUUCAGAUCAUUGCAGCACUCAUCAAGCCUUUCGGGCAGUGUUACGAGUUUCUAACAUUGCACACGGUAAAGAAGUACUUCCUUCCAGUUAUAGAAAUGGUUCCCCAGUUUCUAGAAAACCUCACGGACGAGGAGUUGAAAAAGGAGGCGAAGAACGAAGCCAAAAAUGACGCUCUGUCAAUGAUUAUCAAAUCGUUGAAAAACCUCGCUUCACGGGUACCCGGGCAAGAAGAAACAGUGAAAAACUUAGAAAUUUUUAGGUUAAAAAUGAUUCUUAGGUUAUUGCAAAUUUCCUCUUUUAAUGGAAAAAUGAAUGCACUAAAUGAAGUAAACAAGGUUAUAUCAAGUGUUUCCUACUACACUCAUCGGCAUGGCAACCCUGAGGAGGAGGAGUGGCUGACGGCGGAGCGCAUGGCCGAGUGGAUCCAGCAGAACAACAUCCUGUCCAUCGUGCUGCGGGACAGCCUGCACCAGCCGCAGUACGUGGAGAAGCUGGAGAAGAUCCUGCGCUUCGUCAUCAAGGAGAAGGCCCUGACGCUCCAGGACCUGGACAACAUCUGGGCGGCGCAGGCUGGCAAGCACGAAGCCAUCGUGAAGAACGUACACGACCUCCUGGCGAAGUUGGCGUGGGAUUUUUCACCCGAGCAGCUUGACCACCUCUUCGACUGUUUCAAGGCGAGCUGGACGAAUGCGAGUAAAAAGCAGCGGGAGAAGCUGCUGGAGCUGAUUCGCCGCCUGGCCGAGGACGAUAAGGACGGGGUGAUGGCCCACAAGGUUCUGAACCUGCUGUGGAACCUGGCCCACAGUGACGACGUGCCUGUCGACAUCAUGGACCAGGCGCUCAGCGCACACAUCAAGAUCCUGGACUACAGCUGCUCCCAGGACCGGGACACGCAGAAGAUCCAGUGGAUAGACCGCUUCAUCGAAGAGCUACGAACCAACGAUAAAUGGGUGAUUCCUGCCCUGAAACAAAUCCGGGAGAUCUGCAGCCUGUUUGGAGAAGCUCCUCAGAAUCUAAGAAAGAAAAUACCCAUAAACAUAGAAAAGAGCUUAGUGGGCCAGACGCAGCGAAGCCCGCACGUUUUUUACCGCCACGACCUAAUAAACCAGCUGCAGCACAACCACGCACUCGUCACCCUGGUGGCAGAAAACCUGUCGGCGUACAUGGAGAGCAUGAGGCAGUUCUCCAAAGCGGAACAGGCAGAAUUCGAUCCGCAGACGGUCCGGGCUGGCAGUCGCUACAGCCACGUGCAGGAGGUCCAGGAGAGGCUGAACUUCCUAAGGUUCCUUCUAAAGGACGGGCAGCUAUGGCUCUGCGCACCCCAGGCCAAGCAGAUCUGGAAGUGUCUGGCAGAAAACGCCGUGUUCCUGUGCGACCGCGAAGCCUGCUUCAAAUGGUACUCCAAGCUGAUGGGCGACGAGCCCGACCUGGACCCCGACAUCAACAAGGACUUCUUCGAGAACAACGUCCUGCAGCUGGACCCGUCCCUGCUGACGGAAAACGGCAUGAAGUGCUUCGAGCGCUUUUUCAAAGCUGUCAACUGCCGGGAAGGGAAGCUGGUGGCCAAGCGCAGGGCCUACAUGAUGGACGACCUGGAGCUGAUAGGGCUGGAUUAUCUCUGGAGGGUCGUGAUUCAAGGCAGCGAUGACAUCGCCAGUCGGGCAAUAGACUUGCUGAAGGAGAUUUACACGAACCUUGGACCAAAAUUACAAGUCAAUCAGGUAGAGAUUCACGAAGACUUCAUCCAGUCUUGCUUCGACCGGCUGAAAGCCUCCUACGACACUUUGUGCGUGCUCGACGGAGACAAAGACAGUAUCAACUGCGCCAGGCAAGAGGCCAUCCGAAUGGUGAGGGUGCUCACGGUCCUGAGGGAGUACAUCAACGAGUGCGACAGCGACUACCACGAAGAGAGGACCAUCCUGCCCAUGUCACGGGCGUUUCGUGGCAAGCACAUCACCCUGGUGGUGCGUUUCCCCAACCAAGGCCGGCAGGUGGACGACCUGGACAUCUGGUCCCACACCAACGACACCAUCGGCUCCGUCCGCCGCUGCAUCCUGACCCGGAUAAAGGCCAACAGCACCCACACCAAAAUCGAGCUCUUUAUUGGCGGAGAGAUCGUCGACCCAGCCGACGACAGGAAGCUGAUUGGACAGCUCAACCUAAAGGACAAGACCUUAAUCACAGCCAAGCUCACCCAGGUCAGUUCCAAUAUGCCUUCAAGCCCCGACAGCUCCUCCGAUUCGUCCACCGGUUCCCCCGGCAACCACGGGACCCAUUACAGCGACGGACCCAAUCCCGAGGUGGAGAGCUGUCUUCCAGGAGUGAUUAUGUCACUCCAUCUCCGCUACAUCUCCUUCCUGUGGCAAGUGGCCGAUCUGGGCUGCAACCUCAACAUGCCCCUCCUCAGAGACGGAGCUCGAAUCCUCAUGAAGCUAAUGCCCCCCGAUAACACUACUGUAGAAAACCUGCGUGCCACCUGCCUGGAUCACGCCAAGCUGGGAGAGAACAGCCUCAGCCCCACACUGGACUCCCGGUUCUUCGGGCCGUCGCCCUCGCAAGUGCUCUACCUGACCGAGGUGGUGUACUCUCUGCUAAUGCCGGCCAGCGGCACACUUGGAGAGGAAGCCAGCGAGUUCCAGUACAACUUCCUGAAGAGCGGCGGCCUGCCCCUGGUUCUGAGCAUGCUCACUAGGAACAACUUCCUGCCCAACGCCGACAUGGAGACGAGGCGGGGCGCCUAUCUGAACGCCCUGAAAAUCGCCAAGCUGUUGCUGACGGCGGUGGGGUUCGGCCACGUCAAGGCAGUGGCGGAAGCCUGCCAGCCUGUCGUGGAGGGAACAAGCCCCGUGUCACCAAUAAACCAGGCGACUCACGACCAGGCCCUGGUUCUUCAGAACGCCCUCCAGAACAUCCCCAAUCCUUCCUCCGAGUGCAUGCUGCGGAACGUGGCAGUCCGCCUGGCUCAGCAGAUCACAGAUGAGAACUUCUUCCAGGCUUCCAAGUACAUCCCGGACAUAUGCGUGAUCAGGGCGGUGCAGAAGAUUGUGUGGGCUUCAGGCUGCGGGACAGUCCAGCUGGUCUUCAGCUCCAACGAGGAGAUCAGCAAGAUCUAUGAAAAGACGAACGCCGGGAACGAGCCAGACGGCGAGGACGAGCAGGUGUGCUGUGAGGCGCUGGAGGUCAUGACCCUCUGCUUCGCCCUCAUCCCCACUGCCCUGGACGCACUGAGCAAGGAGAAGGCCUGGCAGACCUUCAUCAUCGACCUCCUGCUGCACUGCCAGAGCAAGUCUGUUCGUCAGAUGGCCCAGGAGCAGUUCUUCCUGAUGGCCACCCGCUGUUGCAUGGGCCACCGGCCCCUCCUCUUCUUCAUCACCCUCCUCUUCACCGUUUUAGGUAGCACUGCAAAGGAGAGAGCGAAGCACGCAGGCGAUUACUUCACGCUGUUACGGCACUUACUCAAUUAUGCGUACAACAGCAACAUCAACCUGCCUAAUGCUGAGGUUCUGCUCAACAACGAGAUCGACUGGCUGAAAAGGAUCAGGGAUGAAGUAAAGAAGUCAGGAGAGACCGGGGUGGAGGAGACCAUUCUGGAAGGUCACCUAGGGGUCACCAAGGAGCUCCUGGCCUUCCAGACUCCGGAGAAGAAGUACUAUAUCGGGUGUGAGAAGGGUGGGGCCAACCUCAUUAAGGAGCUGAUAGACGACUUCAUCUUCCCGGCCUCGAACGUGUACCUGCAGUACAUGAAGAGCGGGGAGUUCCCGGCCGAACAGGCCAUCCCCGUCUGCAGCUCCCCCGCCACCAUCAACGCCGGCUUUGAGCUGCUGGUAGCGCUGGCCGUCGGCUGCGUGCGGAACCUCAAACAGAUUGUCGACACUCUCACCGACAUGUACUACUUAGGUUGUGAAGCACUUACGGAAUGGGAGUACUUGCCCCCGGUGGGACCCAGGCCGACCAAAGGCUUUGUGGGGCUGAAGAACGCGGGGGCCACCUGCUACAUGAACUCAGUGAUCCAGCAGCUGUACAUGAUCCCGCCCAUCAGGACCAGCAUCCUGGCCAUCGAGGGCACGGGCACGGACGUGGACGAUGACAUGUCCGGGGACGAGAAACAGGAGAACGAGCAGACCAAUGUUGACCCACGGGAUGAGGUGUUCGGCUAUCACCAGUUUGACGACAAGCCCUCCCUCACCAAAUCGGAGGACAGGAAGGAGUACAACAUUGGCGUGCUGCGCCACCUACAGGUCAUCUUCGGGCACUUGGCCUCCUCCAGGCUGCAGUACUACGUCCCACGCGGGUUCUGGAAGCAGUUUCGGUUGUGGGGGGAGCCGGUGAAUCUGAGGGAGCAGCACGACGCGCUGGAGUUCUUUAACUCCCUGGUGGACAGUCUGGACGAGGCCCUGAAGGCCCUGGGCCACUCGGCCAUGCUGAGCAGAGUGCUGGGCGGCUCCUUCGCCGAUCAGAAGAUCUGCCAAGGCUGCCCUCACAGGUAUGAAUGUGAGGAGUCCUUCACCACACUGAAUGUAGACAUCAGAAACCAUCAAAACCUCCUUGACUCGAUGGAGCAGUACGUCAAAGGGGACUUACUGGAGGGGGCCAAUGCCUACCACUGUGAAAAGUGCAACAAGAAGGUGGACACGGUGAAGCGGCUCCUGAUCAAGAAUCUCCCGCCCGUGCUGGCCAUCCAGCUCAAGCGCUUCGACUACGACUGGGAGCGCGAGUGCGCCAUCAAGUUCAACGACUACUUCGAGUUCCCGCGCGAGCUGGACAUGGAGCCCUACACGGUGGCGGGCGUGGCCAAGCUGGAGGGCCACGACGUUCACCCGGAGAACCAGGUGAUCCAGACCGAGCCCCCAGUGGAGGAAGAGGCCCCCGGGGGCUCCCGCUACCGGCUGGCGGGGGUCCUGGUCCACAGCGGCCAGGCCAGCGGGGGCCACUACUACUCCUACAUCGUCCAGAGAAGCGGGGGCGACGGCGAGCCCUACCGCUGGUACAAGUUUGACGACGGCGACGUGACCGAGUGCAAGAUGGACGACGACGAGGAGAUGAAGAACCAGUGCUUCGGCGGCGAGUACAUGGGCGAGGUGUUCGACCACAUGAUGAAGCGCAUGUCCUACCGCAGGCAGAAGCGCUGGUGGAACGCCUACAUCCUCUUCUACGAGCGCAUGGACGUGGACAAGGACGGAGAGCUGGCCAAGCGGGUGUCCGAGCUGGCCCUGGCGGCCGCCCCGCGCAACGUGAAGAUGCCCACGGCCAUCGAGUGCAGCGUGCGCAAGCAGAACGUCCAGUUCAUGCACAACCGCAUGCAGUACAGCCUGGAGUACUUCCAGUUCGUCAAGAAGCUCCUCACCUGUAACGGGGUCUACUUAAACCCGCCGCCUGGACAAGAUCAUCUGUUGCCUGAAGCAGAGGAGAUGGCGAUGAUCAGCAUCCAGCUGGCCGCUCGGUUCCUGUUUAGCACUGGCUUCCACACCAAGAAGGUAGUCCGAGGCCCUGCCAGCGAUUGGUACGACGCCCUGUGCAUCCUCCUCCGCCACAGCAAGAACGUGCGCUACUGGUUUGCGCACAACGUCCUGUUCGCCCACGUCAACCGCUUCUCCGAGUACCUGCUGGAGUGCCCGAGUGCAGAGGUGAGGGGGGCCUUCGCCAAGCUGGUGGUGUUCCUGGCCCACUUCUCCCUGCAGGACGGGCCCUGCCCCUCUCCCAUCGCCUCACCCGGGCCAUCCACCCAGCCGCAGCCGGCCUGUGAUAAUUUGAGCCUGAGCGACCACUUACUGAGGGCGGUGCUGAACCUUCUGCGGAGGGAGGUGUCUGAACAUGGUCGGCACCUGCAGCAGUACUUCAACCUGUUUGUCAUGUAUGCCAACCUUGGUGUUCCAGAGAAGACCCAGCUGCUGAAGCUGAGCGUGCCUGCCACCUUCAUGCUGGUGGCCCUAGACGAGGGCCCGGGGCCCCCCAUAAAGUACCAGUACGCCGAGCUGGGGAAGCUCUACACGGUGGUGUCUCAGCUGGUGCGCUGUUGCGAUGUAUCAUCGCGUAUGCAGUCCUCAAUCAACGGUAACCCUCCUCUUCCGAACCCCUACGGCGACCCCAACCUGCCCCAGCCAAUCAUGGCGCUGCAGCAGCUGGUGGCGGAGAUCCUGUUUGUGCGCACCAGCUACGUGAAGAAGAUCAUCGAGGACUGCAGCAACUCCGAGGAGACCGUCAAGCUGCUCCGCUUCAGCUGCUGGGAGAACCCCCAGUUCUCCUCCACGGUGCUCAGCGAGCUCCUUUGGCAGGUGGCCUACUCCUACACCUAUGAGCUCAGGCCUUACCUGGACCUGCUGCUGCAGAUUCUGCUGAUUGAGGACUCCUGGCAGACCCACAGGAUCCAUAAUGUCCUGAAGGGUAUCCCUGACGACAGAGACGGACUCUUCGACACCAUCCAGCGAUCCAAAAACCACUACCAGAAGAGGGCGUACCAGUGCAUAAAGUGCAUGGUGGCGCUGUUCAGCAAUUGCACAGUGGCCUACCAGAUCCUCCAGAGCAACGGGGACUUAAAGAGGAAGUGGACGUGGGCGGUGGAGUGGCUGGGGGACGAGCUGGAGAGGAGGCCGUAUUCAGGGAACCCCCAGUACACCUACAACAACUGGUCCCCCCCGGUGCAGAGCAACGAGACCUCCAAUGGCUACUUCCUGGAGCGGUCCCACAGCGCCAGGAUGACCCUGGCCAAAGCCUGCGAGCUGUGUCCGGAGGAGCGUCACUUAACGAAGCACGAGGUGGUGUCUGAAGAAGACGCCCAGCGGAAAUCGCCCCCUCCACAGCAGCUUUUGCCGGGGGAAGUGGCAGGAGAGCAGCAGCACACUGAGCCCGAUGACCAGGAAGCUCCUGACGACCAUGAUUCCUCCCCACCUGAAGACACCACCCUGUACCCCAACUCCCCAGGAACGCAGUAUCAGCAGCAGAAUAACCACCCUCACACCCAGCCGUACACGGGCCCCGCGGCACAGCACGUGAACAACCCCACCCAACCGCGCCCGGGCCAACGAGCACAAGAGAACUGGGAGGGCACCGAAGAGCCCCCGCCGCCCGCCCAGACGAAAGAGUAACGCCGGCGACCACCCCCCCUUCCCCUCCACUCGGGCCGGGGCCCCCGCCCCGUUCGUCACCCCCCCCCCCCCUCUCUCCAUAGAGACGCUUGAUCCGAGUGCGAGACCAGGCCUUUACAGUCACAUCGCUCCCCCCGCCCCCGCAUUUCCACUCCUUUAAGUCUCUGUAACCGGCCUGGAGGCGGAAGCCCAUUCACCGUCUGCCCUGCAGAGUUAUUGCUGUCAAAAAAAAAAUAGAAAAAAGAAUUUAAAAAAAAGAAAGAAAAGAAACUAACCCGCCAACAGUGGGGGGGGGGAAGCUGUACAGAGCUGAAAUAAAAACCUGACGCUUGUGUGUAAAUGGUGAAAGGUGUACAUAGUAUGUUUAUGUUCCGAGUUCGGUUUUGCGGCGGCCAGACUCCGUGAGGUUUGCGGAUCUUUGAAAGCAAAAAAAAACAAAAAACGGAUGAACGGGAGGAAGAAAAAGAAAAAAUGUACAAUGGCAAAAAAAGGAAGAGAGCUUUUUUUUUUUUUUUUUUUUCUUUCCGGCCGUUGGGCGCGCUGCCUGUGGGCGGUUUGAGGAGGAUGGACGUUAUCCAUUUCCACCUGCUGGAUCCUGCCAGGCAAGGUCCUCUCCUGGAGCCGGGAUUCAGUGCAGGAUGUUGGAAUGGUCGGGUUAGUCUUUGACAUUUGGUUGAUGUGGGAAAAGUGAAGAUGUUGCGUUGCUCUAGAUCUUUAAUUGCCUUUUCAUUCUGAUAUUAAUUUGCAGCUCUAGUUAAACACGCUGUAACAUUUAGCAUGGCUUCACAUCGACUUAGUGUAGCCAGAAACCUAUGACCAUUACACAGCCAGCAACCAUAGACCAUAAUUGACAGCGACUCUGAAGAGCAUUUUUUUUUUGGGGGGGGG